UUUGGAACUGGCCCCAGUGCUUUGCAAGGGCUCGUGUUGCAGGGCAGUCACGGAUGGGCAUUUGUAGUUAUAAAUACUUGACCACUCUCCAGGGUGCGGUUCUUAGCCCUUUAAAGCAGCUUCCUUGCCUGCUACCAAGCUGACUUUUGGCUUCGAGUGUAGGAAUUGAUUGCUGUAGGACAUCUUUUGCUAAGAAAGAAGUAAAAUGGAACACAAUGGGUCUGCUUCCAAUGCUAGCAAAAUCCACCAGAAUCGAUUGUCAAGUGUGACUGAAGACGAAGACCAAGAUGCUGCUCUUACGAUUGUGACUGUGCUGGACAAGGUGGCCACUGUCGUAGACCGUGUGCAGGCAAGCCAGAAGAGAAUAGAAGAGAGACACAGGGAAAUGGAAAACGCUAUAAAGUCUGUUCAGAUUGACCUGCUGAAGCUCUCACAAUCACACAGCAACACGGGCUACAUCGUUAACAAGCUGUUUGAGAAGACCCGGAAAGUCAGCGCUCACAUUAAAGAUGUGAAAGCCCGGGUGGAGAAGCAACAGGUUCAUGUAACCAAAGUAGAAACCAAGCAAGAAGAAAUAAUGAAGAAAAACAAAUUCCGUGUGGUAAUAUUCCAGGAGAAUAUCCAGUGCCCUUCAUCCUUGGCUGUGGUUAAAGACAGAAGCCUGCCUGAGAACCAGGAGGAGGAUGAAGAAAUCUUUGAUCCCCCGAUAGAUCUCUCAUCAGAUGAAGAAUAUUCUGUUGAAGAAAGCAGAUCUGCCAGGUUUAGGAAGUCAGGCAAGGAGCACAUUGAUCAUAUCAAGAAGGCAUUUUCCAAAGAAAACAUGCAGAAGACACGGCAGAAUUUUGACAAGAAAGUGAGUGGAAUUAGAACUAGAAUAGUCACGCCUGAGAGGAGAGAGAGGCUGCGGCAGUCAGGAGAGAGGCUCAGGCAGUCAGGGGAGAGGCUCAGACAGUCAGGGGAGAGAUUUAAGAAAUCCAUUUCAAAUGCUGCCCCCUCAAAGGAGGCUUUUAAAAUGCGCAGCCUUAGGAAACCAAAGGAUUCCAAGGCUGAGAGCCACGAGGGAGACAGAGGGAUGGGUGUAGACAUCAUCGCAGGUAGCCUGGCCCUGGGGCCCAUCCAUGAGUUCCAUCCUGAUGAGUUCAGUGAGACAGAAAAGGAGGUGGACAAGGUAGGGCACAUUCCCCAAGAAGGAGGGGACCCCCCAACUCCCGAGCCUUUGAAGGUGACCUUUAAGCCUCAGGUGAGAGUAGAUGACGAUGAAUCGCUCCUGUUGGAUUUAAAGCAGUCCUCAUAGAGAGGCAUUAAGUGUGAGCAUCAAUCUCAAGUCACAAUAGUGAAGCCAUUUUAGUCAUACAUAGUAGAAAGGCAAAUGGUACAAAAGCUUCAUUUCUUUAAAAUCCUAAAGAUUAUAGAAACAUCAUGUACAACUUUCUUAUGGGAAUUCUAAUCCCCCCGAGAAUCUAUGACUCUGACAGCUUUUUUUUCUCAAGUGUCACACCUUUUUGUGGCAGCUCUUAGCCAAUUAGAAAAUAGUUGCAUGGCUCAGGUCAGUUAGAUGCUUGGUCAUCUGUAACACAGGAGGGACAAAUCGGUGCCCAUCGUUUACUAGCAAACUAGAUUUGGGUCAGGAUCAACAAGUCCAGUCACAAAGGGGAGUAGCUAAUGAGUGUAUUGUAUUAUGCAGAUGUUCACAACGGGAGAUUGAUUAGUGAAUCAGUAGCCAUACCCCUUAUGAAGCUCUUGUGUGAGGGAAGAUAAUUGAAGUUUUUGGGCUUCAUCAUUUAGCUGUGGCAUCAUAACGUUCUUACUAGUGAGACAAUCGGCUGGUUGCCAUUAAUUUCCAGUGAUGGAUAUGGGGAGGGCUUGAUGGCCCCGCACUUGGAAAACUUGAGAUCUGAGGGAUGUCAUCAAGUGUGGGGACAAGACACACAUCCAGUGGAGAAGCACAGACCACAUGGUGCUUCUAAGCCAGAACUUAACAGUUACAUCUGUGAAGAAGCCCUCGGCACCAGGCACUGAGGCCCGAGUUGAGCAGAAACUGAAGUUGUACUUGGCAAGCCUUUUCAUAGCUUGAAGAGUGAACAAUAAAUGCUUGGAGGAGCAAUUUUUCAUUAAAGGCUGACACUAACCUUGGAUUUUUAGCUGGGUCCUAACAUAUUCCUUAGAAAUCUGCCUCUAAUUGCCUUUAGAUUUGGAUGUGGGGCAGACUAGUGCAGAUUUUGUGUGCAUAGCAUGAGGUGGAAGUCUGGGGCUCCGCUGUGAAGUGGUUUUUUUAAGGUCUGCCAGGAUGUGGGCAUAGAAAUGACCUCCGAUACUCCUAUUUUGCAGAGUGAAACUUUUAGGACUAACAUGCAGUGCUCAUGGGCAUUUGUCACAGCGACUUUGCAGGACUUCAGACUCCAGGUGGCUCUAGAUUUCCAUCUGUGCAGUUAAGAAGUACAAAUUGCUGCUGAAGGAAAAUCACACCUAUUCUGCACUUCCUGCACACUGAAGUCUUUGGAUCUUUUUUUUUUUUGGUUUUUUUUUUUUUUUUUUUUUUUUUUUUUGAUGUGGAAAAGAGGGUAGAAUUUUUGAUGGAUUUUUUUCCCCUCACAUUCAGCUUAGUUUUGAAUAAUCAUGUAGUAGUUAAAAAUAUACAGGCAUGUGAGUGCAUGCCUGCUGCCCCAGCACCAACAAGGCUGAGACAGGAGGAUCACAAGUGGCCUAAAUACAUGUUCAUCUUGCUUUUUUUUUUUUUUUUUUUUAGACCAGGCUGGCCUCCAACUCAGAGAUCUGCCUGCCUCUGCCUCCAGUGUAUGUGUGCCACCACUGCCAGGCAUCUUGGUAUCUUUUUAUAUUGCAAACUAAAGCAUGUACAACAUUGAAUAAAACUCUGAAAGAAUAAUUCCAAAAACAUUUUUGUAACUGCUUAGGAGGUUGGGGCCAGGUGGUGGUGGCACAUGCCUUUAAUCCCAGCACUUGGGAGGCAGAGGCAGGCCGAUCUUUGUGAGUUCAAGACAGCCUGGGCUACAAGAGCUAGUUCCAGGACAGCCUCCAAAGCCACAGAGAAACCCUGUCUCGAAAAACAAAAAAACAAAAAACAAAAACCAACCAAACAAACAAAAAACAAAAAAAAAGGAGGUUGGGUGCCCAACAAUAAAUUUGAAUGUGAAAUGAUGUUAUUAUGAAAUGUGAGGCCAGGGUUGUGCUUGUAAAUCUUUUAACCAGUGAUGAAUGGAGACAGCAAUAUGCAAAUGAAGGAUGAAGUAGUAAAUUGAAGGUAGGAAGGAUAUGGAGAGGUUACAGUUGUUGGUUUCCAGUUUAUUUCAGUUGGGCUGAAAUACUUUUCUGCAAAUAUCUGGAGCUUUUGUUUACUGACUCAGACCCAGACUUGACAUCAUUGGAGGCUUUGCACCCGUGUGUAGCCCUGACCAGCUCUGCACCUUGCUUGGGUUGGUGAGGCACAAACUGUGAAUGCUUCAUGUCGCUUGGGGCUCAUGGUAAUCCUGUGCUUCAUUUUAAUUUUGCUACCAGAAUUUUCCCUCCAUGUCGUAAAUGUGUUCAUGCCUUUCCAUGUUUAGGACAUUCCUAAAUUCCACAUCCAUGAUUUCUUGUACCUCCACCCUGUUUUAUUGGUGCAAUGACAAUGGGCUGCAGAAUUCAUUUACCAUAAGGGGUUUUCUAGUUGGUGUUCAUUAUUGUAAACGUUUCCAGAAACACUGGGUUAUUUACUCGUCUGUAAUGCAGAGGCACAGAUAUCAGGGAUUAAAUAAUUUACUCAAGUCAAACCCUUAGCAGGACUUACCACCUUUCUCAUGAGAUAGAGCAGAACAGCAGUCUCAGGUGCCAGGGUUGGGGAGCUGGUGUUGAAGCUCUUCCAGGGGUGACAGGGGGGGCAAUCUCCUGCAUGUGAUGAUCCAGGUGUCCCAAGUGAGCAAUGGCUUGGCUCCUGCUUACAGGUUAGAGAAACAGAUGAUGUGGAAUAUUAAUGUGAGUGGACUUGUUCCCCCAAGGCAAAUUUUCAUGAAUGAAAAACAGAAGCCCAAGAAAAAUACAACCAUUUUGACUUCAUUCUUUGCUUUUCGUACACAUUAAAGGGGUUGCUUUUGAACAGG